GCGUACUGCUGAUCUAACGCUGAUGCAAGAAUUUUUUAGCGCAGCAUUGUGGGACUGAUCGAGGGACCAAAAGUAGCCAGAUUUGAGUCAUUUUACAGCCCGCAAACAUGUCAGGAGACGAGAUGAUUUUCGAUCCCAACAUGACCAAAAAGAAGAAGAAGAAGAAGAAGCCCUUCAUGCUGGACGAGGAAGGAGGAGAGGGCGUGGGAGGAGAAGAGGCUAAGGAGGUGGAGGCGAAGGAGGCCGAGCCAGAGACAGGAGAUGACAAGGAGGUGGAAUUCGAGGAAGAUGAAGGCAGGAAGAAAGAGCCAUCCGAUGAUUUGAACGACUUGAACUUCUUCAACCAGAAAAAAAAAAAGAAGAAGCCUAAGAAAGUGUUUGAAAAUGAAGUCGAGGAGGGUCUUAAGGAGCUGAAAAUCGAAGGAGAGCAGACAGAGGUGCCCGAAGAGGACAACUUGGAUCUGAUGCUUCCUACCAAGAAAAAGAAACAAAAGAAAGUGGACUUUGAUGAGGGAGAACUACUGGAGAAGGAUGACGCAUUGGAGGAUGACGAGGGGAAGAACAACGAUGGGAUCUCCUUCAGCUCCAUCACAGGACCAUCUUGGGCCGGCUCCGAAAGAGAUUACUCUUAUGAUGAGCUCCUGAACCGAGUCUUCAACAUCAUGAGGGAGAAGAACCCCGACAUGGUGGCCGGAGAGAAGAGGAAAUUUGUGAUGAAGCCUCCUCAGGUGGUCCGAGUGGGAACUAAGAAAACCUCCUUCGUCAAUUUCACAGAUAUCUGCAAACUGUUGCAUCGUCAGCCUAAACAUCUCCUUGCUUUCCUGUUAGCUGAGCUGGGAACAAGUGGUUCCAUAGAUGGAAAUAACCAGCUUGUAAUUAAAGGCAGAUUCCAACAGAAACAGAUAGAAAACGUUUUGAGAAGAUAUAUCAAGGAAUAUGUGACGUGUCACACCUGCCGCUCCCCAGAGACCAUCCUGCAGAAGGACACUCGCCUCUAUUUCCUGCAGUGUGAAACGUGCCACUCCCGCUGCUCCGUCGCCAGCAUCAAGACCGGUUUCCAGGCUGUGACGGGCAAGAGGGCGCAGCUCCGUGCCAAAGCCAACUAAAGACCACCGAAGCUGGGCUCUCGGUCCCCCCCAAUUCCCCUCAGAAGGGCCGAGGCUGGGGUCGGGGGCCCUCAUGAUUUCUCUAAAAGGACUCUCUGAAUCGAACUGUGGGAGGGUUUGGCUGUUGUUGAGUUGUGUCGUGGCCUGAGAGGCGGGGAGUGAGAGUAUCUAAGGCUGACGGAUGGGGUUCAGGCACCACAAGCAGAUGAUGUGUAGCACACAUUCUGUUGGAUGCAUUUGAUUUGUUUGGCUGACGAACCCUCCAGCUCCUAGGUUGUUAUUUCUGUCUCCAUUUGCUGUGAUUCCUGCAAGAAAACCUUGAUUUUAAUAUGGCAUCCUCAUUCUUUCCUCUCCCACUUUACAUACAACAGACAUGACAUUUUUCCAGCUAAUUUAAUCUACCAUGAAAGGGCAUAGUUUGCUCUGCUCAGUGUGGUUGUGUCACUCAUGUGGUCAGGUCUUUAUUCUUGAAUUUCACACUGCUUAAACUCAAGGUUUUGUUCUUGUUUCUAAAUCACAAACUGGCCUGUCCAGAAUGUUCUGCUCCUGUUUAUCAAUGCUAAUCAAAAUGCCUGGGCUGGAGUACGUACAGGAGGAUUUGUCAUUGUUACUUAUCUGUGCCAGGCUCCUAACAAGGAUGCUGUUUUAUAGCAGGAGAUGACCACAAAGUCAAACAAUGAUAAAGGGGGUGAGCAUGUUUUCACUGAAGACUUUAAUAGAGAGGUUGUUUGGGGGACAGAUCUAGAAAUAAUUCAGCGUGUUUGUGAGUGCUUUUUUGGCAUUGAUGAGCAAUUGUGUACUUCAUGGUUUUUUGCUUCUGAUGUUAAGAUCAAAUAAUUUUAUCAAACAUUGGAGAUUUGAUGUGACAUGAUACAUUCUGUCAAGAAGAAAGCUUCCCCACUUAAAAAAAAAGCCUUUGAGUGGAAACUUAACAUCAGUCUUCUCUUACAGAUCUUAAUUUUCAAGUGUUAUUCAAGAAAUGUAAGCCCAAGCUAGCCAGGAUAUGGAGACUUAUCAACCAAUGAUGCUAGAUACCAUAUUAUAUUGAUACUGUUCUUGUUUGAGAAGAAUGGAUAAGAAGGUCUGGCUGGAAUCAUUUUAAAACCUGGUUUUUACAAAAAUAAAAUGUUCUACUCUCUCUCUCAA